AUGACUGAUUGCCACAUCCCAUACUUGAGCGACGACGAAAAAGUAUUCUUGAAUACAACUGCAACUUAUAGUCAGGCACGUAGAAUGUCCAGCCAAGAGCAAAAUAGACCGAGUAUUGAAGAUAACCAUCAUCAUCGACGCCAUCAGGUCGUCUCUGCUCACUCUUUAUCGUUCCUAUGGAAACGUCGAGGCUCCUCUGCUUCCUCUUCAACUCAUUCAUCGUCUGGAUCGAUAGAUUACUCUCUAGAACCCGAGCAUUCACCCAAAGCUAAAGAAUUGGAAAUAUUAAUAUUUGACCAGCCUCAACGCACUGUUCGAUUAAGCCUGACACCACGUUGUGCCGUUUAA